UCUGUCUCUAUAACCCACCACGGGAGUCUCGGAGCCAGCCACUUGCACCUUGGCCGCUGGCGGUGGUGGAGGUGGAGGCAGUAGCGUUGCUGCUGAUGCUGGUUGUUGGUGGUGGUGGUGGUUGUGGUGAGAUGUGCCGGUGGUGGAACUAGCAUGUAUGUAUGAACUUCUUUCGCGCCGUACGUAGCCAGCCGUGCUAAGCGGAGGUGCGGGGUUAGCACAACAAACUGAUAGUGGUGGUGGUCGUGGCACAACUGGUGGUGGUGGUGCUUGCUGCUGUUGGUGGUGGUGGUGGUGGUAUUGGUACGACUGAUCGUGGUGGUGGUGGUGGUAUUAGUACGACUGAUCGUGGUGGUGGUAUUGGUAAGACUGAUCGUGGUGGUGUUGGUGGUGGUGGCAUUGGUACGACUGAUCGUGGUGGUGGUGGUAUUAGUACGACUGAUCGUGGUGGUGGUAUUGGUAAGACUGAUCGUGGUGGUGGUGGUAGUGGUGGUGGUAUUGGUACGACUGCUCGUGGUGGUGGCUGCUGGUGCUAGUUGUACCGAAGAUAACCCAUCAUGGACCCGUGGGGAGCGAGCGAUUCUCAACAUCCUCCGCACGCGGGAGUGGAGGUCGCGCCAUCAAGCCAGCAGCAGCAUCAGAGUAAGAAGUUGACGGCGUUCCCUACGGGUCAAGAAAUCCAAGUUCGUCUCCGACGGAUCUUCACACGGGAACUGGCCUUGAACCUAGCUCUGGGGCAGCUGCUGUCGCUACUCAUCUGCGGCACGGGCGUGUGCAGCCAGUACCUGCAGGAACACGGCGUGAACACCCCAGUGUUCCAGAGCUUCUUCAACUACGCACUGCUGCUCCUCGUGUACGCGGGCAUGAUGGCGCUGCGCCGCGACGACGGGAACUUGCUGGACGUGCUGAGGGCUCGUGGCUGGAAGUACGCGUUGCUGGCCCUGGUGGACGUGGAGGCGAACUACCUGGUCGUGAAGGCCUACCAGUACACCACACUCACAAGCGUGCAGCUGCUGGACUGCAUGGUCCUCCCCGUGGUGUUCGCCCUCUCGUGGUUCUUCCUGCGCGUGCGCUACCGCGCGGGUCACGUGGUCGCCGUGGCGCUCUGCCUCGUGGGCGUGGGGGCCAUGGUGGGGGCCGACCGCCUCACGGGGAGGUCGCAGGGCGAAGCCUCUAACCGCGCGCUGGGAGAUAUGCUCGUGGUGGCCGGGGCCGUCCUCUACGGAGUGUGCAACGUGUGCGAGGAGCAGCUGGUGCGCUCCCGGGGCCGCGUCGAGUUCCUGGGCGCAGUCGGCCUGUUCGGCACCCUCAUCAGCGGCGUGCAACUGUGA